AUGUCUGCGUCGAAAAUUGAGUUCUACGUGUCGUGCAAGGGUCUCAAGAAAGCCGACGUUCUGAGCAAGUCGGACCCGUUUGCCGUCGUCAAGCUCGGGCAUACCAAUGAGGAUGGCAAAGUCAAGUACACAGAGAUCGGUCGCACGGAGACGAUCGGAAACACGUCGGACCCAGAGUUCACCAAGCAGUUCAUCUUGGAGUUCUUCUUCAACGAGAUCCAGUACGUCAAGGUCAAGAUCUACGACAGUGAUCAGGUGUCCGAUGAUGACGGCCUCGGCAAGGCUGACUUCACCUUGGGCGCGCUCAUGUCGGCGCCGGGGAGGAGCAUCACCGAAGCCCUGAAGGACAGGUCAGGACGAUUGGCCAAAGGCGUCAUGAUAAUCCGGGCAGAGGAAGUGGCGUCCUGUGCGGAUCGCUGCAAGCUCUCCCUCCGCGGCAUCAAGCUCAAGAACAAGGACGGCAUGUUCGGGAAGAGCGACCCUUUCUUCACUGUCUCGAGACUACGAGAGGACGAAAAGUGGCAGCAGGUCCACAAGAGCGAGGUCAUCAUGAACGACCUCAGCCCCGUUUGGCAGCCCCAAGACAUGUCGGUCCAGGCUCUAUGCAACGGCGACUACUUGCGGCCGCUGCAGCUGGAAGUCUGGGACUGGGAUCGUGACGGAGGCCACGACUGCAUGGGCCGGCUCACGACCAGCCUUCAGGGGUUGCUGGAAGGCCAGGGGCGCGAGAUGGACCUCGAGCUGGCGAGGAUAACAAGGGGAAGGGGCAGCUCAACGGUGGACCACGCGGAGGUACACAGGCAGCCCACGCUGCUCGAGUACCUCGCCGGUGGUCUCCAGAUCAGCAUGACGUGUGCGAUCGAUUUCACGGGGAGCAACGGCAGCCCGUCGCACCCGCAGAGCCUGCACUACCUCGACCCCUCCGGAAGGCUGAACCAGUACCAGCAGGCGAUCUGGUCGAUCGGGCACAUCCUGCAGGACUACGACUCGGACAAGAUGUUUCCCGUAUACGGGUUCGGAGGCAGGAUCAACGGCCAGCCCGUCAGCCACUGCUUCCCCAUCUGCAGGGUCUCUCACGCCGGAGGGUCCGAAGAAGCCUACGGUGUCCAAGGCAUCCUCGAGGCUUACUCCGCCGCCAUGACCAGCGUGCAGCUGGCGGGCCCGACGCUCUUCACGGAGGUGCUGCAGACGGCCAUGGCCAGGGCCAACCGCCCCACCACCCAGGCGGACCAGCGGUACAACGUGCUGCUGAUACUCACCGACGGCAUCAUCAACGACAUGCAGCAGACUAUCGACUCCUUGGUUGCUGCUUCCAACUUGCCGCUGAGCGUGGUGAUCGUUGGCGUCGGACAGGCCGACUUCUCGGACAUGUCCAGGCUGGACGGUGACGGGGGUAUGCUGGAAGACUCGGUCCGAACCAAGGCGACGAGGGAUAUCGUGCAGUUCGUCCCGUUCUCGAAAUACAACCUGGCCGAGGGCGGCAUGGGGGCACGGCUAGCAGCAGACACGAUGGCCGAGAUCCCGGACCAGCUCCUCAAGUUCUUCAGGUCUAAGUGGAAUGGCCACCAGCGGCAGUAGUACUAGCACGACACGAGCAACGGGAGAUUUACGCUCUGCGCUUUUCACCUCUCUCUGUAAAUCGAUCUAUCUUAAAUAGAGGGUUGGCCGUAGCAGUAUUUUUGGAAGUGGUCCACGACGACUCCUGUUGUACAGCGGUUCCGAUGGGCACUUGUUGCGGCGGAAGGUUGUUGUCACCAACACCUAUCUAUUGUAUCGCCAUAUCUUAACUCCAAUGGGGGCGUCGACUCGAUAGUAAGUAAGCGUUAUGUUGGAGAAAAACGCUUUCGAUAGACUUGACACCAAGGCAGGGAGGGUUUGGUGGGCGUGGAAGGAUUGAACCACUUAAUUAAAUGAACGUGCUUGUCGGCAGUUCAAAUGCCUUUUGGCGAAGGAUAAGAAUAAUUGGGAUUAACGUGAAAACGAUAGAAACGUACUUGAAACGGGUUUUCCGGCGAUGGCAUGUACUUUCGGAUUUCGUAUGAGUUUUUGAGAAAGAGGUUUGUUUUGUUUAAGGAUGGGUUCUAAUCUCGAAGAGAGGAGUGAAGAUAGACUCUGAUUGUUGGCUUGGGUGCCGUGCAAGGCGUGAAGCCGGCACUUCCUCAGCCGUCGAGAGCAACCAUGCUUAUGUACACAUGUAUACGCCAUGCAUCUAUCUACGAGAGAGAGCGUAGCGGCAGGACACGGGGUCUUUUUGUUGGAUACAACAUCAACGUUGGGAGGCUGCAGGUG